AUGGAUCUGCAAGGUAUGCUCACUCAGCCGCACACUGCGACCGCAUCUCGCUCACAUAGACUAGACCUCGACCUCGACGACUUCACGGGUUUCGAGGGUGGUGCCUCCACCACCUACUCAUCCCCCGCUAUGCCCUCCGUCUUCGAUCUGGGCAGUAGCACCACCGGGGCCAGCAACAUGGGCACGGUGUCGCCUCAGGACCUUCUCGUCCAUGAGCCCUUCAUGUCUGCGCCCAACUCGACUGCGCUAACUGCGCUGACUUCACCCUCCAUCUACAACGAAUCUCCCGACUUUGACAGCUACGAUGUUUCUCCCAACUUCGGUACCAGUGACUUUGAUACUGGUGCUGCCGACCCUUGGUUCCCACUGUUUCCUCAACAGGAGACGCAGCCGGCGACCAAGAACGUGCCCAAGGAAGUUGAGCAGUCGCCUGCUGCCACGGAUGACGAUCUCGAAGUCGUUGAAUUCACCUCUGCUUCGGCCCGCCGAAAGUCCAGUGGUUCCCCGCCCUCGGGCGGUGGUCGCCACUCUUCGGUCGCCGGCGUCAACUCGCGUAAGCGUGACAAGCCGUUGCCUCCCAUCAUUGUGGACGACCCCAACGACACUGUCGCCAUGAAGCGAGCUCGCAACACCUUGGCUGCUCGCAAGUCUCGUGAGCGCAAGGCGCAGCGAUUUGAGGAUUUGGAGGAGAAGAUUCGCAAGCUUGAGGCUGAGCGCGACCAUUGGAAGAACGUUGCCCUCGGCCGUUCUUAA